AUGACAGUCAAGAUAACGCCCAAAACCCGCCUCAUUGCGACGAUUGUUAUCUCCUUUUCCUUCUUUGUGGCCGAGAUAGCAGUUGGCUUCAAGACGAGGUCGCUAGCCCUGAUUGCCGAUGCGUUCCACUAUAUGAACGAUCUGGUCGGCUUCAUAGUCGCUUUAGCUGCGCUUAUUAUCUCGGAGCGCUCCAGCUCUCCCCAGGACCUUUCGUUUGGAUGGCAGCGCGCACGGCUUCUUGGGGCCUUCUUCAAUGGCGUGUUUCUCCUUGCUCUAGGCAUCAGCAUUUUCCUCCAGUCUAUUGAGCGAUUUGUGGCUCUACAACACGUAAAUAACCCCAAACUCGUCCUUAUCAUGGGAUGCGUCGGCCUCUCCCUCAAUAUAAUCAGUGCAGCUUUCCUCCAUGAACACAGCCAUGACCACGGCCACGAGCAUGCACACGGCACGGAAGCUGACACCGAGCUUACACAAUUCGAGCCCGCCGCCCCACAACAUACAGAACACCGGCACCUGAACAUGACGAACGAGGGCCCCGACCGUGAUCUCAACAUGCUUGGCGCCUUUGUGCAUGUGUUGGGGGAUGCUAUCAACAAUGUUGGCGUCAUCAUAUCUGCCGUGGUGAUUUGGAAGGCAUCAUACCCCGCUCGUUUCUACGCCGACCCGGGCGUCAGCAUGGGCAUCGCCCUGAUGAUCCUCAUAUCAGCCAUGCCAUUGGUGAAGCAUAGCGGUACAAUUCUGCUGCAGAGCGCGCCACCCGGGGUUGAUAUCGACGAUGUCAAGCAUGACCUUGAAAAGAUCCCCGGCAUCGAGUCCGUCCACGAGCUUCACAUCUGGCGUCUGGACCAGCAAAAGGCCAUUGCCUCAGCCCACGUGGUCGUUUCGGACCAAUCUAUAUCGAGCUUCAUGGACAAGGCCCACACCGUGACCGAGUGCCUGCAUGCAUAUGGUGUUCACUCCGUCACCCUGCAACCCGAGCUGUCUAUUUCAUCCCAGACGUCUGCCGCGAGGGCAGCGAGCGAAGACUCGAGCACCCCUAUCACAGGAGACAACUCUGCCGGGAUUUUGCAGUCUUUCCCCGUGUCGGCGAUCCGUAGGAGGAGACUCGACCAUGGAAACUGCCAAAUCCCCUGCGGUGCUCUGUGCAAGAACCUGGCGUGCUGCACGCCUCCGUAG